AUGACAUCGAAUUGGACAGGCUUGAGAAAGAAAUACGCGAUCGACUCCAUCAAGAGGAUCGUGAAGAAAAGAGAAGACAAGGCAAUGAAUGGGGAAGAAGAGAGCUUUGGGAGUGAUUUUCUUGGUUUACUUUUAAAGGCUCAUCAUGAUACCAAUGACAUUCAGAGGAUUUCAGUGGACGAUUUGGCUGAUGAGUGCAAGUCAUUUUACUUUAUGAGUAUGAUCUUUAAUGAGUCCCUAAGGCUAUAUUCUCCAGCUGUUUCCGUCACAAGGAGAGUUGAAAAGGAUGUUAGACUGGGAAAGCUCAUUGUUCCUUUUAUUAUUCCAUCUAGUGAUUACAUUCCUGCUAAAGUUGAGUUGAUCAUUCCAUCUCUGGCGCUUCACCAUGAGCCCGAGUCCUGGGGACAAGACGCGCAACUUUUCAAACCAGAACGAUUCUCUGACGGAGUUGCUAAAGCUACUAACAACAACAUCGCUACAUUCUUACCCUUUGGAAUGGGACCUAGAAUUUGUGUUGGCCUCAACUUCGCCACCAUUGAAGCCAAGAUUGCUCUAUCAAUGAUUCUACAACGCUACUCCUUUACCCUUUCCCCAGGCUAUGUUCACAUGCCUUUAAAGCAUAUGACACUUAGCCCACAGCAUGCAUGGAGUUCAAGUAAUGCUACACUCACUGUGAACUGUGAGGACUGA